AUGGCACGUGGACUCCUGAUGUUGGCCUUGGCCGUCGCGGUCGUCGCGGUGCUCAACGUGCUCCAGACCGCCUUCGUGGGCUCCUCCCCAUCCCGCAAGAUCAGCUCCCGUGACCAGUCGAAGGUGUGCCGUUUUCCGGGCGACAAGCAGCUGAAGGACCGCUGGACCUCCGUGGGGAAGACGGGGAAGUUGACCGAUGCCAUGCGGCUGGUGGCCGCGGCCAAGGUCCGUGCAGCCCAGGCAGGGGUGGAGAAGGCACGGCCCUUCAGCGAUGAGCUGCUCUCGAUGAUCAAGGGUUUGGUGAAGAAGUUGAAGGGCAGUGGCUUGGAGGCGGACUUGCCCAUGCUCCGCGUGCCCGACAAGGUGAAUAACGUUGGAAUCCUGGUGAUCACCGCCCAGCGUGGCUUGUGCGGUGCCUACAACGCCUUUGUCAUGAAGAAGCUCAAGGCUCGUGUGGGCGACUUGAACGAGCAGGGCAUCGUGCCGAAGCUCUUCAUCGUGGGAAAGAAGGGUGUCAGUGGCUUGAGGACUCGACUGAACGUCGAGAAGUUCAACUACACCGAGGAGUUCUGGCCCAUGCCCGACACCAUCACGGCCAAAGAGUCCACAGCCAUCGCCGAGACCAUUGAGAACUACUUCUUGGCUGGUGAGGUGGACAAGAUUGAGAUCUGCUACUCACGCUUCAUCAACUUGAUCUCCAAUGAGCCUGCGAUCCGCACCUUGUUGCCCCUGUCGGCCACCGGAAUGGAAGAUCCGGAGGAUGAGACCUUCAAGCUGACCACGGAGGAUGGAAAGCUGAAGGUGGAGAAGGAAAAGGUGAAGGCAGCCAAGGCCAAGGAGAUUGAAGCAGAUGUGAUUUUUGAUCAGCCACCACAGAUUCUCUUGAAUUCCAUGCUGCCGCUCUACCUGAAUUCUCAGCUCUUGUCCUUGCUCUAUGAUGCCCAGGCCUCCGAACUCUCCAGCCGCAUGAACGCCAUGAAGACGGCCACCGACAACGCCAAGGAGAUUCAGAAGAAGCUCUUGUUGGCUUACAACAAGAAGCGUCAGGCCGCCAUCACCGCCGAGAUCUGCGAGAUCUCCUCCGCGGCCAACGCCAUCGCGGCCUCGGACGCGAAGGGCGAAGCCGGGCCGAGCCUGGGCGUCAUGGACAACGAGGAGAGCGUGGCCGAGGACUUUGCCAAGGAGUUGGCCGGCGGCGAUGUGCCUGAGAUGCCGGUCUCCUAUGACCAAGAGUUGCGGCGCGGGCGGGUCUUGUUGCGGAGCACCUUCGAAGGGGAGGUGCUUCCCUGGUUCGACCGGUGGAUGGAAGAGCUGGCAGAAUCCGCACAGCAGGAGCCUGCGCGCGAGGAUGAGUGCAACAGCCUGGCCUGUCGCCUGCACGCGCACCAGGUUCUGGUGCUCCGGAACGUCCCCACCAGCGAUUUCGACUCAGAGCGCAUCAAGCGAUUCUUGUCCUCCUUGACCUACCUGUCCUCGCAUCACACCUUCAACCAGGAGCGUUUGGAGGUGCCCGAGACCGAGCUCUUCGAGGCUUUGCAUCUGCACCGGCGCUUCAUGGUGCGGUGGCUCGUGGAGCAACGGCGGGUGAACGCCUUGCAGGGCUUCAAUUCGGUGUUGCGCUCAUGUCACCAUCAGCUCUCAGCUUUGGGUGACACUAGCGCCGACACCUCGAGCUUCGAAUGGGUCUGCGUGGGCGACGCCUCCGAGUACGAGGGCCGCUUCGGGGUGCUCUCCGAGGCGGCGCCCGACAAGGAGGCCCAAGGGGAGGCGAAGGAGAAGGAAGAGGCGUCGAAGCCCGGCAUCAAGACGGUGAACGCCUCGGACGCCUUUUGGAUCGAGCUGAACGUGCAACUCCUCCAGGUCACGGUGCGAGGCCGUACCUUGGUGCCCUUGGAGGAUUACAUCUGGAAUGAUGAGGACUUCAAGCACGUCUUUGUCUCGGAGUUGGGUGAGAAAGGUGCCAUGCAGAAGACCACGGUGCAAUGCUCCGCGCUGCUGACCUCCUCCAAUGCCACCGUGCGAGAACUGCUGAGUAUUCCGUUCCGAGCCACCUACUGGUCCUCGAAGCCUGCGAAUUUCUUGCCUUUCCUGGAUGAGUGGGACCGGUUGUACGACGUGGAGGACUUGGAAGAGGACGAGUUCUGGAUCGCUGAGCUCUUUGAACCGGUGAGGAGGCAAUUCUUCAUCCCGCCGCCACCGCGAAGGCCACCCUUGUGGUUCAUGAAGGAUGAACCCAUCCCGGGGGACACCACGGUGGUGCAGCUGAUGGGGGUUCAUCAGGAGGCCAAGGCACGUAUCUGGAAGGAGGUGCAUCUCUUCAAAGAGCGCCGCAUGAUCCACAUCUAUGCAUUGAGGGCCUAUGGCCACCAACUGUACCGACAGUUGGAAUAUAGCAGCAACGCCCGGCUCUGCAUGCGAGAACUCCAGCCAUCUCUGGAUGACCGUGAGCGGCCAUGGGAAUUGUGGGCUCGCUACGAGGCGGGAGGCUCCAGCUGCGACUUGCCGGGGCACGAGAACAGCACGACCAUCUCCCGCACCUCCGUCAAGGGCAUGUUGGGCUUCGGCACAGAGGUGGAUGGUCAGAGCGAUCCGAUGGACGACCCCGAGGAGUGGGACGACAACGAUAUGGGUGCCGAGCGGAACACGGGUGGUACGGCCAAAGACGACGAAGAGGACUUGGACGAGGAUGGGAUCCAACGUCGACGGAAGCCUUUGCGCGGCAGCUCUGCGGAGAUACAGCAGGUCUUCUGCCGGAACGGGCACGAGUUGCAACCUGAGAAGAAGAAGUCCAACCGAUGCAACUUGUGCGGCUGCAGCGGCACCGCCUUCCGGUGUCGAGACUGCGACUAUGAUUUGUGCGAGCCGUGCCAGAAGAACAUGGCCCGCAGGGUGAUGGUGAAGAUCCUUGGAAAAGAAUGGGUGGAAUCUGGUGUGGACGGACGGGAUCGCUCGAAAGCGAGCCAAACUGGCCAAUUCAAGUUCCAGGAAGGAGAUCGGAUCCUCAUCAAGGGCGGCGGCUACAAUCGCAAGGACGGUGUUGACUGGCGCUUCUGUGGCUCGGCGCAAAAAGGCUUCUACUCGGGCAACGAUUGUAUCUUCUCCUUUGCGCCCUGCACCCAGCGGAAGUGCAUCCUCCGGAACUCCCUCAUUGAUGGCAGCAAGGGUUCUGAGAUCCGCACCGGUGGGUGCCCCUUGGGCACGGAGGCCGACAGCUUCUCGGUGGCCUUCGAGAAGAGCGACGAGGGCUUCGAGCUGCGGAUCAACGGCGAACGCCAGGUGGAUUUCGACUUCCCGGACCGCUCAGCGGAAGCGGUGGAUGCCAUCGGCUUCGACUGCCGCGCGGGCGCCAUCAAGGAGAUGGAGAUGUUCCACGACCGUAUGCUCACAGAGAAGAGCCCCUUCGAGAGGAUGAUGGAGGUGGGCGAGCAGUACCUCCCGCGCCGGGUCUUGUGGGGCCUGCUGCCUGAGGCCUUGUUGGAGGACUACAACUUCUACCAGGAGAAUGCUCCACCGCACCGCUUGAUCCGUGGCUAUCCCGCCAAGGGUCGUUGGCCCAAUGAGAACGAGGAGGAGGACUUGUUGGAGGCGGACUCCAGCAACAAGAAGGUGGAUCAUAUUCUGAUCGUCAAGCUGGUGCGCAUCAAGAAGGUCCUCUGCACCGGCUUGCGUGGCUGGGGCGCCGUGGUGAUCAAGCGCUUCCGCGACAACAUGGGACGUCCGGACCUGUACUUGUUGGAUCUGCUUCACACGAAGGCUGGAACUCCCCUGCACCAGCUGGCCGAUGCCUUGGCACGUGCGGAGAACUUGUCCUUCAUCCUGGCCUGGACGGCCAUGAACCCCUGGGAGGUGGGCGACGGCUUUCUGCGGGUGGAGCGCGUGGAGAUGCCACGGCUCCAGCUCACCUGGGACGUGCGACGCGGGCCGAAGGGCGAGCAGCGGCUGUAUUCCGUGGAUCAUUCGCAGCUCUUUUUGCCCACCCAGCCACCUUUUGAAGCCCGGGCGCAAGCAAUGCAGCUGCUGCAGGCGAUGCCGCAUGCGCUGUUGCUCCAGAGCGAAGACGAGGAGUUAUUCACCUGCGUGCCCAACGUUUGUCCGCACCGCACCCACAUCUUCUCGAAUCCAUUCAGUACAGAGCUGGUGCUGGAGCGAGGGCAUUACGUGUGGAGCGCGGGCGCCACGAAGCACUUCCUGUAUCCCGUGCACGUGUCUGCGUCGUUCUUGCAGCCUCCGACCACGGGAUCAGCGCUCUACCUGAUGCUGCUCUUCUUCUUGCAUCGCGAUUAUCACCUCGUCUCCCAGCUCAUCAACUCCGUGGCCACCGAUUCGCCCUACACCAGCGAAGACAAGGUCUGCUUCGAGCAUUUUGCCACCAUCGACGACAGUCAUCCCAAUGCCACCGCCCUGCGCUGCAAGCUGGCACUGGCGGUCCAGCACUCUCGCAUGCCGUUGCCAUGGCAUUUGUAUUCGCAAGGUGCCGAGCAUGUGCGUGGUGUCAUCCACGUGACCGGCGAGUGCCGUUUGAGCUUCGAGGAGGAGAUGCAGGUCCUGACCAUGUGCCGCCACUACCGGGAGAAGUUGCUUCUGGUGACCCGUGAGGUGGAUGCCUUGCGCCGCGAUCAGGGGCAGAUGCUGAAGAAGUUCAAGAACAUGCUGGAGGACUCCUCGGCCAUGUUGACGGCCUCUGGGGAACAUGCCAAAUCCUUGAAGAAGUGGAAGGACCGCAUCGUCCGGCGGCUGCGAGCGGAACGCUUGGGCACUGGUGAGACAGAGUUGGUGGCCAUGAUUCUGGCUGCCCUAAGGGGUGAGCGCUUGAACCCACAGGAUGUCUUGAUGCUCCAGAAUCGUGAGAAGUACAUGGAAGCGGUGGAGGACGGACCGCAUCGGUCAGAUCGGAGACGGUUAGCCCAGUGGCUCGCCCAGUGGCUGGAGGAGCGUCGUAGCACCGUGGUACUGGAACUCAUGGUGACUCCUCGAGCCUCCCGCUGGAUGCAGCACACGGACAUCAACGCUUUGCUGUCCUCGCCCUUCGACUUGAUGCAACGGAUCUUGGGAUCGGUCUCUGAGACGCUCGGCCGCGAACAGAGAGAUUCGGUCUACGACACAGGUCCAGAGGUGCCGACCAUGAGGAACAUGCCCUACGUCAUGGCGGUGGAGCAUAUCACGGAGAUUGUCAACGACCAGGAGAUGUCCUUCACCAGUGAUGGCGCGGUGUCACUCUUCAUCAAGCUUUACUCCCUCUUCACUCAGUCCUUGGGCGUGAAGCUGCCGCGUGCCGUGAAUCCGGUGCACCAGCACACCUUUGCCACGCUCUCCUUGGCUUUGGCCCGUGGAGGGCGGAAUCAUGGGAUGCUCCAGUCCUUGUCCGGGACACCUGAAGACCGGGUUUGCCAGUGCUUACCCCGCCUGGACCGACCACGGCGGGUGGUCUUCGUGCGACAGUGGAAGGCGAAGCUCAUCGCAGUGCACAGGAAAUUGAUGGCGCUGGCACAGCAGCCGGAGCUACAGUUGGCCAUCGAGGGCGAGGUGGAAGAAGCGCACGGCGUGCGCCCCGACGAGGAGGACGAUCUCUGCCGUUGGUCUGAGGUGCCGGUGCUCCAGUCCAUUGGAGACGAACAUGGCGGCUUAUGUCCUCACCUGGUCUUUGCACCCAGCCUGGGCCAGUCAGAGGACGGCGAGGAGAUCCGCCGCGCCGAGUUUCCCCUGGGGCCGCCCUUCUUCGAGACGCCCGAGCACAAGGACCUUCAAUGUGGCGAGCGGGUGCUCAUGGCCUUGCAAGGUGCUGGUGGAGCCUCCACCGGAACCAAGAGCAGCGGCUGGGGAUGGGGUGGCAGUGCUGCCCUCAAGGCCAUCUCCCACGACGAGCCGCUGCGCACCAGCGAUCAGGACUUACAAGCUUUGGCGAAGCAACCGAUGCAAGCGGUUCUGGACUUGGGCCACAUCGUUCGGGAGGUGCCGGCCAACCUGCCCACAGGCAAGCUGCCCUUCGACAUUUCCGCCCACCCGGCGGUGCGCCACACGGUGGCCAGGCGCUUGCUGGACCGAAUGGAAAAGGAGAUGAUCCGCUUCGCCGAGAUGCAAAAGGCGACGCCGGCACCGCGUGUGAAGCAGCUCUCAGAAGUCGAGCUCAGCAAGCUGAGUGCUGGCAGCCAGGCGGCCGCCAAGGCAGCCGAGGAGGCGCUCAGCGAGAUCAUCAAGUGCAUCGCCGAGAUGAAGGCGGCCGAUGCGCAGUUCGUGGACUCGGCCUUCAAGGAGGUCUUGAAGCGCGGCAACGCCAUCGAUCUGUCCGAGGAGAACAUUGGCAAAGCCACCAAUGGUGGCGCCCGCGCCGCACAUGACGCCAGCUUAUCCCGCCUGAAGCACUGGCUCUUGCGGGUCUCAGGCCACGAGUCGGAAGCCUGGCUGCAGCGCGCCUGUCGAUCCUUGCUCUCCUCCUCAGCCUUGGAGGAUUGGCAGCGCAUCAACCCCUUCCUCUCCGAGAGCGAGGUGCGGGACAUUCUACAGCUCACAAGCCAUGCGAUGCUCCGUGCCGUGCGGGUGGUGCUGGCCAAUGGAUCGCUGGCAGAAGCGAGGGACUUGCAGAAAAUGCUCCUGAAGGCCAUCCGGGUGGUCCACGAGGAAGGACAACUGUCCAACGAUCUCCUCGUGGGUUUGGCCGAGAAGGGCGAGGUCCUGGCCCGGCGCCUCGACGCCAAGCGGCACUACGUGGAAAGCAACCUGGCUUAUGAUCCUCAUUUCUUAGUCUUCGAGUUCUCCGACAACAAGAUGCUGCACGAGCGGCAGGUGGCCAUCAUCUCUGACUUCCAAAAGACAGUGGAAGGAGGUGAAAGCGGAGUGAAGCAGAUGAUCAUGGGAGCAGGAAAGACCACCGUCGUGAGCCCCUUGCUCUCCAUGCUGUUGGCGGAUGGAAAGCGCCUGGUGAGUUUGGUGGUGCCUUCGGCACUUCUGGAAUUUUGCCGUGGUGUGCUGAUGGCCGUCUUCUCGUCCAUCAUCCAGAAGCGCAUUUGCCUCUUCCACUGCGACCGCUCGGAAGAUGUGGACAUCGCCAUCUGCGACCGCAUCGAGUCGGUCCGAAACGAAGGCCACGUGCUGUUGACGAAGCCCACCGACGUGAAGAGCUUGAUCUUGCGCUUCGUGGAGAACCUGGACAUCUGCAACGACCGCCGGUCCAAGCGCAACACCGCGGCCUUGCAGAAGGAGACGACGGAACUGGGUCGUGUGCUGGAGAUCUUCUCGAAGGGUGUCUGCAUGAUCGAUGAGGUGGACCUGGUGCUUCACCCCUUGAGGAGCGAAUUGAACUUCCCCAUCGGCCCGAAGAAUCUCAUCGACUUUGCACCACACCGCUGGCAGAUUCCGCUGCACCUCUUGGAAGGCAUCUUCAUCAGCGAGUUGCAGUCCGGGAAGACCGGCGAGCUGACGCCGCCCGAACGCUUCGCCGACAGCGCCCUCGCCAAGGACAUCUUGAAGAAGAUCGCCAAGACCAUCUCUGAUGGCACCCGAGAGUUGAAGAUGCAACGGUCCCCCCCACUUGGUGCUGCUGAACCUGGAGUUCUACGACGAGAGGUUGAAGGAUGUCAUGGUCUCCUGGAUGACUUUGUGGUUGGCCUCUGA